CUCGCCUUCCCCUCCCCUGCGGUCGCUACUGUAGAGGGGUCGCCUCCAUUGCAGCGAUGAUUUCUUCGAUCUCCCCAGGCGACGGAGCACGCCGGGAUCGCCGAGCAGCGAGGUCUUGCGGUUUGGCUGAUGGAAGAAGGGGAACAUCAACCCGGACGGCUGAUGCAAACUCCGGCCUCCAUGGAUAGAGAGGUAGAGCAGAUGGGAGACGAAGGAGAAGCAGCAGUUCAUACUGGAUCAGUUCAGACGGCGUCAUCAACCAGGUCCACAUCACACACUUCCAGAAUUGCUAUUCAGAAAGUUAUAGAUGUGGUUGGUGCAUUAUCGGAUUACAAACGAUUCUUGGUCGAGGAGAUUGGUUUUGAUGGUGUGCUGCGCAUCCCCAUGAUUCAAAAAAUCAACCUGAAGUUCAGCAAGUUCCUCAUGAGCAAGGUCGUCGUGAAAGAUCACUGUAUUAUCUUGAGGGACGGUGGAACGCCAAUUACAUUCUACCCGGAGGAUUUCCACAAAGUUUUCAGCAUCCCAUGUGGAGAGCAAGACAUACACGGAAAGGAUGCUGAGAUCACACCUGAAGCAAUCGAGUUCAUCAUGAACUCUAUAGGUUGGGCUGACAAAUCUGACCGCAGUUUAAGCUCGGUCGAAGUGUUCAUCGGGAAGGAAAUAACUGAACUAUCAAGCCGAUUAGAGAAGGACUGCUUCAAGAUGGCGUUCGUGGUCUUUGUGAUGGGUAAUCUGUUUGCCCCGUGCACCAAGCACGACCACUCGACCAUCGACUACUGGGGUGCCAUCAGUGAUACCGACAACAUCGCACUAUUCAAUUGGUGCAAGUAUUCAUUUGAAGGUUUAUUGGAAGCAAUUGCUAAACUGAAGUUGGAAACAGAUGCAAACAUAUCUGUCAACAACUUGUCCGGGUGCCACCUUUUUCUGCAGGUUUUUGUACUAGACAAUGUAGAUCUGGGCAUUCUCAACUUGAAGCAGACCAAGAUACCACGGAUAGAGUUGUUCGACGGGGCGACCCUGAAACGGAUGAUCCUAAUGUGCUCAGUAAGAAAGGACGGGAAAAACAUUUACAUAUUACCUGAGGCAAGACACGGGACUGCCGUGUGCUACACCAGACACAACUAUGUAAAUGUGAAACACGCCAAGAGAGCAAUAGAGGACAAGGCAGAAGGUUCAGCAAAUAUGUAUGCAGUGGUGACACACAACCCAGAUGUCGGAAAAUAGGGGAACUACGUCAAUCCUAAAUCAGCCAUAGGACAACUUGCGCACACCCCAAGCAGCCUCGACACAUUCAGUGCAGGUGAUUAUGCUCGCUGGAUCCAGAUGCAAAACCCAGAGCUGGCCGCGUCUCCCUUAGGAUGGGCAAUAAAAGAGCACAACGCGAAGUGCGUGCACAUCGCAAACGGAAUGAAAAGGGACAUUGCAAAUGAGAACAUCCGAUUGGUGAAAAAACUGUUGCAUCUUUAUUCCAGCAAGCCAGAUAUUGAAACCCCCGCAUCAAGUGUAGCAGAUCAUGCCCCUCCGCCCAUCCCUAACGUCGCUGGCGAAGAUGCCCCAUCAUUCGAGCUGGACACAGACGGCAACGAUGAGGCAAGCACACCUAUCAAGAAGGAUGGAAAGGCCGAGCCGAUUUCACCUACUUCGGCAACAAAGAUAUACUCCGACAAUCUCGUUGGACAACUAAUGAUGCUCAAUGACGAGAUAGGAGACACUGAGGGAUACACCGUAUUUGGUCAAGUGAAUGACACGGAUAUAACAAAGAAGAAUGUGACUCAUACUGGGUUCCCCAAAGACCCAUGGUCCACGAACCAAUUGGUGCGUACACACGGCCCAACUAUACGGAAAGCUAUCAGAGAUUGGAUGUGGUCAAGGACGCCCUCCGACCUAUCAAGGGAAUGGGUCUCGCAUCCUGACCCGCGGAUAAUCUCAAUCAGUGGCAAAGCAAUUAAGUCACAAAUAUGCGAUGGUUAUGAAAUUGACCACGAGCUCGGGUCAUUGGUCAUACGUCGGAUGGGACAAAUGGAGGCGCACGCUCACCGUGCAACGCUGAAUGAACAAUACCGGUUGCUCCUUGAGCCCGACUUCUCGUGUCACGCAAUUGCAGGGGAAGACACUACAAGAAUCAUGUCAAUACAAAUACAAUUCACUGGAAUCGGAGUCAAGUGCAACAUUGCAAACUGCCGGAUGGUCACGGUCCCUGCAGAUAUGCAACAUGGUUGGUGCUGCUUCAACUGGGACAUGGUCGACAAGGUGAUAACCAUCAUGGACCCAAUGGCAUACCAGACCGAGGAUGCAUACCGGAAAACAUCCCUUAUAUACGCUGCCGACAAACUUCAUGACGCGCUGUUCGAUUGCAUCGAAGAUUUCUUCACCAAGUGGCACUACAGCUGGAUGUUCUGGAGGAAGAAGACCCCCUGCUGUCAACCACAACAUUCACCAGGGCUGAGAGUGCCAUCUGUGUCAUCCAUCUACUCAGACAUUUUAAAGGGACCUCACUGGCAAAACCACUUACUAAGGCAACUAUUACCGCUGAAAGGGACUCACUCCUCAUCGAGAUGAUACACAUGGAAGGGAACACUGCCACGCUCCAGCUUGAAGGUCUAGACACGGUUGCCAAUGCGCUAAACGACACGAUGAAGGAAUCAGAGGGUCAGUAGUAAUGUAGCCAGGAAGGUCUUAGAAAUAAAACGCUGAGAGCGAUAAAAUAUUUGAACCGCGGUACUAAAUGAAUAUUGGUGGUGGCAAACUGAAAUGUGCUCCCUCCAGAUUAUUUGCCUUGAGCUGCAAUGUUUAAUGAACAAUUAUGGUGGCAA